AUGGCAAAGAAGCUGAAGGAAUCCAUCAACGUUGACACGAUAAAUGUCAGCGUAAGAGGCAUGAAAAGAUCCAGGAAGGGGGAGCUCAUCCUCCAGUUGGACAAAAGCCCCAUGCAGGAAGAAGCAGCGGGCAGAUUAAAAGAUGCAGUCGCCAAGGCACUGGGAUCCGAAGCGGUGGUGGAACACCCUCUCAACACCACUUUAGUAGAGAUUAGAGACUUGGACUCAAUAACAACAGAGGAGGAAGUACUACGGGCAGUGGCCAACAUUACGAGCACUGCUAUGUACACGCCAAGAGUACUCAGAUUGGUUCCCACAUAUGGAGGUAAUAUGAUGGCGACAGUAAAGAUGAUAUCCAGGGACGCCGCAACACUCCUGUCCGUAGGCCGCCUGGUGGUAGGCCUAGUGAGAUGUAGAGUGCGGCUUAAAGCGCAGAAAACAAGGUGCUAUAGAUGCCACGGAUUCGGCCACGUAAGGAAUGACUGCAAAGGAAAGGACCGCACAGCUCAGUGCAUGACCUGCGGCCAGCUGGAGCACAAAGCGAAGGACUGCAAGUCAAACCCCAGAUGCAUCCUAUGCAAAGACAGGGGACACGACCACGGCCACUACCCGGGCAGUUCAACAUGCUACGAAGCAAAGCUCAGCAAUAACAAAAGAGACAAGCAAUUGCCGCAGCUGCACAGUAGAGACGGCACCAGGGACCUGAAGGGAAAAGGCAAAACAGAACGAGAAGUCGAGAGCGGCGGACGAUUGUCGGCUCGAGAACCCAGAAGAAKACACCAGAAAACAUAA